GUUUAAAACUUGGGGAAUAAACAGGCGAGAGACGCAGAAAAUCAGCAAAGCCCUCGUUAGGGUUUAACCGCCAAUCCAUAUUGAUUCAUGCUAGAUUCAGUAAAAUUCAAUCUCAAGUCAUAUCAUAAAUUACAGCAUUUCUACAGCUUUUGAUUUCCUCACAGAAUCCGUGGUAAGUUAUGGAACAUGGCACUGGGGAAAGAGAGGGAUUGACGCUUGUCGCAAGAAAACCUUGUUUCGGGCUGCCCACCGCUUGUCCUAAUUGUCUACCAGUCUACAUUUACCUUAGAUUUUCCAAGAUCCCGUUUAAUUUGGAAUUCAAUCUCAUUCACCCUGAUUCUGAUCAAAUACCCUUUGUUGAAUCUGGUGAUCGUGUGGCCUACAAUAAUGAAAAAGGUGGCGUGAUUCAGAAUUUGAAGGAAGAUGGCAUUGUUGAUUUGGACUCCGGGGUCAGUGGUUUACCUGAAUGGGUAUCAACGAAGGCAAUGAUCGAGUCGUGGCUUGCCGAUGCAGUCAUGUAUGAACUCUGGCUAGGCUCUGAUGGUAAGUCAGCUCACAAGAUUUAUUACUCCGAUCUCCCUUGGCCGAUAGGGAAAAUUUUGUACUUUAAGCAAGUUCACGCUGUGAAACAACUAUUUGGGAUAACAUCAGACAAUGCAGAGAAUAGAGAAGAAGAGAUAUACAGUAGAGCAAGCUUGGCUUAUGAUGCUUUAUCAUCUAGGUUAGGGGAAGAGUCCUUUUUCUUUGAAAACAGGCCGACAAGUUUGGAUGCAGUUUUUCUUGGGCACGUUCUGUUUACCCUUCAUGCCUUACCGGAAACAUCGGUUCUAAGAAGCAAGCUCUUGGGUCAUGCUAAUCUUGUAAAGUAUGCCGAGAACCUUAAAAUGGAGUAUAUAGAUGCCAGCUCAUCAUCUUCAUCAGCUCCACAGUCGGACCCUUCUUCAUCAGCUGCAAGAAACGGCCCCUCGUACUGGCGUUCAAAGCCGAAGAGUAAACCUAAGAAGGAGAAGAGUGAAGAAGAGAAGAAGUUCAGGAGAAGAGCUAAGUACUUUCUGGCUACUCAACUUGUUGCUGUUUUAGUUUUCCUCUCUCUCCUAGGUGGGUCCGACGAUGCUGACGUGGAUCUUGGAGACGAUGACGACGUUAUGGGGUUUGACUAGGAAUUUUACCCUGCCAGCUAGAUUAUUUUUCAUCCUUUUCUACUUUCACUGCCUUGAGUUUGCAAAAUCUGCAUAUAUACAUACAAUUCCUUGAUUGGUUCUUUAACUAUUUCUGUCAUUUUUGGACCAAUAGGGGUAAGUUCAUCUCUUUCUCUCUCACACACAAACACACAUUCUUGGCAAUAAAUGCACACUUUGCAAAGAGUGAUUAAUUGAUAAUUACUGAUAAUUAAUUGCUUUCAGUGUGGAGCUGAUGAUUACUUGCAGUGACUUUUUUUAUAUAAGUAGUCGAAUAAUUCCGUCGACAUUUAUUUUU